AUAGCGAGCAGAGCCCGGGGAUGCGCGCAACGCGAGCAUCGCCUCAGUCAGUCAGCGGCGCCGCAGCUGUCCUCCCCUCUCUCUUCUCUCUCUCUCCGUUUCUUUCCUUCCAGGCUGCAUCGUUUAGGAGCGCACGCGACGCAGCGGAGGAGCUCGAGGAAACGCGUCGCCCUCUGCGCCCCCCCUCGGAUUGCUCACAUUCCCUCCUGAUUGUUGGAUUAUCGGAGGCAGAGAGAGGGGCUGCGCUCGUCCGAUCCUGCCCGAGUCGGCCGGCUGUGAUUUCUUCUCCCGGAGCAAAGAGCGCCUUCUUUCUUUCCUUUUUUCUUUCUUUUUUUGUUCUUUUUCUCCCCCACCAAAAGAGUUGCAGUGUGUUGAGAGAGAAAUGCUUCUGAGCCACUGAAUCUAACGGAUACUGGACUUACAACUCAAGCAGGUUGAUGAAGAGGAAAAAAUCUGCAUCAUAGCAGCUAUUAAAUUCUUUUAUUCAACGGAGAGCAUUCCAUUCAGAAGCAAUUGGAUGAGAGACUCAUUAGCCCUCGGCAACUAAAGAUGAUGUUACCAUGGAAACAAAUUGUUCUGCUAUCAAUCACCGGAUGCCUUGCAGCCUCUACAGAGGAUGUCAUAUUUCAAGGGCCAAGAUGGAGGACGGAGCCUGGCGACCUCAUUUUGCCUAUCAACUCUCCGGACCACCAGGCGACUAUUGCCUGUGAGGCGGAAGGGAGCCCCCGGCCUCAGUACAGAUGGUCACUAAACGGAACGCUCAUUGAUCUGGGGAGCGACUACCGGCGUCACAUGUCUGGAGGCAGUCUGAUCAUUAGGAACCUGGACAAGGACCAAGACAGCGGGAUGUACCAGUGCACGGCUUUCAACACGCUGGGCUCCAUCCUGAGCCGCAGAGCCAGCAUCCAGUUCGCAUAUCUUGACAGCUUCAAAACGCAGUCGGUGAGGAGUGCAGUGAACGUCCGGGAGGGCCAAGGAGUGGUUCUUUUAUGUGGAGCUCCCCCACAUUCUGGAGAGCUGACAUUUGCGUGGAUCUUCAAUGAAUACCCGUACUCCGUCCAACAAGACAGCCGAAGAUUCAUCUCACAAGAGACCGGGAGCCUGUAUAUAGCCAAAGUGGAGCCCUCUGAUGUGGGCAACUACACUUGUGUGGUGAACAACACAGUCACAAAGCAGAAAGUUCUCAGCUCCCCAACACCACUAGUCCUCAGGAGUGACGGUGUAAUGGGUGAGUAUGAGCCCAAAAUAGAAGUUCAUUUUCCAGAUUCGGUUCCAGCUGCAAAAGAAUCCGUGGUCAAACUGGAAUGUUUUGCUCUGGGAAACCCUGUCCCAGAAAUAAGCUGGAGGAGAACAAGUGGUGUCCCUUUCCCUAGCAAAGUCAAAAUGAAGAAUUCAAAUGCCGUCCUUGAAAUCCCUAAUUUUCAGCAGGAAGAUGCAGGGAUGUAUGAGUGUAUCGCAGAGAACCGGAGAGGCAAAAACGCUGCUCGAGGUCGGAUUUCUUAUCAUGCUAAACCUCAGUGGCUCCAGACAAUAACAGACACGGCUCGGUCCAUUGAGGAGAACCUCUUCUGGGAGUGUAAGGCCAAUGGAAAGCCAAAACCGUCCUACAGCUGGCUGAAGAAUGGCGAGCAAAUGAUGACUGAGGCCCGGGUACAAAUUGAAAACGGAGCCCUCUCCAUAACCGCGUUAAACCUAUCAGAUUCCGGGAUGUAUCAGUGUGUGGCCGAAAACAAACAUGGCAGUAUUUAUUCCAGUGCCCAGCUAAUGGUGUUAGCUUCAGCUCCCAGUUUCUCCAGAAGUCCAUUAAAGGCCUUGCUAAAAGCUCGCUCAGGCAGCGAUGUCACUCUGGAAUGCAAGCCUCAGGCCUCGCCCCCAGCGAUUAGCUUGUGGAAGAAGGGAAACGAGAUUCUGCAGAGAACCGAAAGGAUCACUCUGCUGCCAAAUGGAACUUUAAAAAUUGCUAACGUAACCAAACGGGAUGCAGCCAGCUACACGUGCAUCGCCAAAAACCAGUUUGGAACGGCAAGCGCAACUGGGAAGCUCCUCAUCACCGAGCCCACCAGAAUCACCAUGAGGCCCACUAACAUGGAGAUUAUUGUUGGCGAGAGCAUCGUGCUGCCCUGCCAGAUCGCUUCUGAUCCAGCUCUGGACGUCUCCUUCUCUUGGGCGUUCAACGGCCAGCUCAUCGACUUCCAGAGAGACGGUGACCACUUUGAAAGAGUGGGUGGGACUGUAUCAGGGGACCUGAUGAUCCGCAACAUCCAGCUGAGCCACGGAGGGAAGUACGUGUGCGUCGUCGACACGGACGUGGAGAGCCUGUCCACCUCUGCCAUCCUGGUUGUCAAAGGUCCUCCAGGCCCUCCGGACAAAGUGUCAGUGGAGGAAAUCACAGACAGCACAGCCCAGCUGUCCUGGACGCCCGGACGAGACAACGGCAGCCCCAUAACAGGCUACAUCGUUCAGGCUCGCACGCCGUUCACUGUGGGCUGGCAGGCCAUAGACACAGUCCCAGAGGUUGUCAAUGGCAACAUGCUAACUGCCACUGUGGUCGGUCUGAAUGCCUGGGUGGAGUACGAGUUCAGGGUGGUGGCCCGGAAUGUUGUGGGCCUCGGAGAGCCGAGUCCAGCUUCGGCCAAGACCAGAACAGAAGAUGCUAUUCCUGAUACAGCUCCCACUGAUGUUGGAGGUGGUGGCGGCACAAAGUCUGAAUUAGUGAUAACAUGGGAGCCUCUGCCUGAGGAACUGCAAAAUGGCGACGGCUUCGGCUACGUUGUGGCCUUCAGGUCAGCUGGCGCGGUCACGUGGACGCGGGCGGUGGUCUCAGCGCCCACCGUGUCUCGCUAUGUGCUUCGCAACGACACCAUCCCGCCCUUCUCGCCAUUCGACAUCAAGGUGGCGGCCUACAACAACCGAGGGGAAGGGCCGUUCAGCUCCAUAGCCACGGUGUAUUCGGCAGAAGACGUCCCCAGUGUGGCUCCUAAGAGGGUGAGGGCCCGGAGUUUAUCGGCAGUAGAAAUUGAAGUGAUCUGGGAAACUCUCCCUUCCCUCCCAGAAAGAAUUCUUGGAUAUGAGGUGAUGUACUGGGAAGACGACACCAAGCCUGACACUGUUGGCAAAGUGCGGAUAACAGGGAACUAUACACAGGUUAACAUCACGGGGCUGAAAGCCAACACCGUGUACUACCUCUCUGUGGCUGCCUUCAACACGGCCGGACCCGGGCCACAGUCACUGCCCAUCAACAACACCACCAGGAAACCACCGCCAGACAGGGCUCCGCUCAACAUACAAUGGAGCAUGAUUGGCUCCUCACUAACACUGCACUGGGACCCUGUAGUUGCCACGGAGACUGAGUCAGAGGUGACCGGAUAUCUGGUGAUACUGAAGAGACACCGAUACAACGACAUCCACACCACAUUCACCGACAGAACCUCGGCCGAGCUCAGCCUCUCGGCCGGCGACAACUAUCUCAUCCAGAUCAAGGUUCUGAGUGAAGGCGGCGAAGGCGCGGGCAGUGAACCCAUACACAUCCACAAAUUAAGCAUGGGAGCUCGGGGUUCCGGAGCCAGUGGUCUCAGACGGUUGUCUUCCUCCUUGGUCCUUAUUGGUGCAUUCUUAUGCUCAGUCUGGUGAUGUCACGCCUUCGCCUGUCUUCUGUCAUUCCUUCAUUCAGCUUAAACCCCCUAAGAUGGAUAAAGAUCCAGGUUUCAGAAGGGCAAAAUGAACCAGACCAUUCUGAACUUUGUUUAAACAGCCAUCCAAAAAGACAAGUGAAGAAUCACUUGCAUGAUAUAUUUUUUUUCUUGCUUGCGACUUCUUUCUUUGAUAAAAAGUGCCACCGUCCUCAAGAUUUAAUUUUAGAAGUUGCUUAUGUGUCCCGAAUUGACCUUGGUUCAUAAUUUUAGAGAUGGAAUUGCCUUAAAAUCCACUUUGAUGAAAUGGUCCAUACCAAAGUAGGUAACAGUGGCUGCUUCAACCGUAAACAAACAUGUUUGCAAAAAAAUAAUACAUUUCUCAUCACAAUGUAGUUUACACAUUAAUCAUUGACUGCGCCCAUAAUUGAGCUUGUCAGGUUAACCUAAAAGCAUUCAUUCAGAGCAUGUGGUUCACCAAACUAAUGGUAAUGCCUUAGAAAAUUAUUCACACCCUUUGAACUUAUUCUAAUUUUGUCAGAAAAUCAACAUCAGUAUAUUUUUAUUAAUAUCUUAUUUGACAGACUAAACAAGUGGAGCACAUUAAAUGGAAGGAACUUGAUGAAAUGCUUUCAAAAGCUUACUAGCAAUGCACUAAUAUGAAAAUUUGGGUCGAUAUCUGAUAUGAAUAUUGCUCGUGGCAGUUGAGGAUAUUGCUGGCAAGCUGUUAGUAAACCUUUGCUAGCUAACUAGAUGUGUUUUUUUUUUUCUCUUGUUGGUUAGUGUAACUGAUGGUCAGUUGGGCUGGAUGACAUUCAUCUUUGCCACCUUCUCACUGUGUGUGUUGGAACCUAUUCAACAUUUCGUGCAUUUUGGGCAAAAAAGCUCGGCUCUACUACAUUUAACCAUAAAAUAUGUAAUUUUUUUCAUGAUGCAAGUCUUAAAUUGCAUUCAUACUGGUCUUAAAAAGUAUUAUAUUUGCUCCACUCCCCAGUUAUGUGCUACUUUGUGUUGGCCUAUUUCAUAAAAUGCGAACAAAAUACAUUGCAUUUAUGUGACAAUUUUUUUUUUUUUUUUUUUUUGUAUAAGAAAAAAAUAACAUCAAGGGGUUUGGAUAGUAUUGCAAGGUGCUGAAGUCAUAUCCAUUGCAGCUAUGAAAAGCUUUCCCAGGCUUUGUCAAAUAUCUUAAAUCUGUUAGAGUCACAGGCUUGUGAGCUUUAGACCCCUUCCACAACACUCUGAUAGAUCUUGGCAUUUUGCUCUCCAUCUCAUGCUCCUCUAAAUAAUUAAUGCCUAUCACACUCUGCAUUUUAAGUCCAGUGGGGGAAAAAAAGAAGAGCAGACAUGUGGUGUAGCUACAUCGAGCCGAUCUCUCGUGUACUGUUGCAUCGCUACAUGGAGAUGGCCGGCGUUCUACGAUGAGCACCUGCCACUGCGCACAAUGGACCGCCAGAUAACAGUGCCUUCACUACAGCUUCGCCCCAGCGUUUUUCUUUCUUUCUUCUCCCCUUUAGAUAGCGUACAGAAGGAUUCGUGUUGUGACAGGGGAAUUGUUUGCUUUUCUGAAGAGUAUCACCAACAAAAGACAGGAAGCUCGGAAUGUAAGAAGCAGGCCCUCAACAGAAAUGGUUGAUUAAAUUUUCAUCAGGGCAGGGAGCAUCUGUGAUGAAAAAAAAAAGGUUGGCUGAUUCACAGAAGCUUCAAUAGAUUUCAAUUUUCGGUCGUAGUGUUUAUGACCUGGAGCAUAACAAACGUACAACUUCAUCUGUAUCAUGAUGUAGGAGCUAUUAAUGUAUGUGGUAAUGAGAGGGUCUUAGUGUAAGCGGUGAGCAAGGUGUGGCUGUCUAAAAUCACAGCCAGCCCCAUAUUUUACCUCCAUGUGUUGGACUCGCUGGGCUGAAGAUUUAACUUGGGAACAUUAGUGCUCUGCUGAGGAAGCUCCUGUUUUUCUGCCUGUCAUCAUCCGAACUGGAACCGAUGUUUGAUUUGUUUGGACAUGGCAACGACAGCCUGGAAGGACGGACGGUUGAACUUUGAAAAUUGAAUUAUUGUGCCUUUGCCAAAUGUUGGGGUUAUGUAUAGUCCUAAGCUUACAGCCUUUUUUGUUUUUGUUUUUGUCUGGAUUUUAAACUUUCUAGCCCUCCCAAAAAACCUCAAACAGUCAAAUAGAAGCACAAGGACUUGUCUGCGACUGGAUGUUAUCACGCUAGCGUCUAAGCAAGUGUUGUGGGACACCAGAGGAAUCAUAAAGCUCCGAACAGCCGGUGUGAUCAGGCUGUUGUAUCUGCUCCUCUGACUGGAUUCAUAAAACUCUGCGCUCGUUGAUUAGACUCCUGCAGACCAGUCAAUGGGUUAUUGAUUUUCCCAGCCCAUUAUUGCGGCUGUCACAGUUUGGCCGUUUGACUGACUGAUGGCCGAGCCCUUAUGCACCUGUUCUAUUGUGUUACAGUCUGUAAUGUUUUAAAUGUUUUCCACCAUUUCCACUUCCUCUUUCCUUUUUGACGACUUUGAAGUCAUUCUUUUUUCUUUUAUUGUUUUUGCGUUGAACAGAAAAAAUCCCAUUCCAGGUUAUUUUUUUAAAGUUUCCUUUCUUUCCAUUUAGAGACAUAUUUUCAAUAUAGUGGUGAAUCGUGAAUUGGAGCAUUGACCUGAAAUCAACUCUCUAGUUGGGUCUUUUGAGUUACAUGUUAUAACAAACCCAACAGUAGCUGCGUUUCCAUUACAAAUUGGCGCAGAAUUUUGAGCUUUACACACCUUCCACAACACUGAUAGAGGGUUCUGAGUUUCUGAUACUAUUGUAGAGAAAACACAAUUUCACAAUUGCAGUGUUUCCAUUAAAUAAGAAACGCAAUUAAAAUUACACAUAAAUAAAUUUGUUUACGAAAUCAGUCAUUAAAAAAUGUGCAGCGCCAUCCUUCUCCAACGUCUUGGUGGUUUGUGCCAGUGCCAACAUUUGGUUGUUUGACCCAUGUGAGGAGACUUUCUGAUUGAAGUCUUGAGAAAUAAACCAAUUUUGAUAAGUCUAAAAACCCACCUCAUUAUAGCACCAAACCUUGUUCUUUCGAAAUUGCCAAUUUUUCAUUAUGCAAAUUUAUUUUCUAAAUGUCAAAUUGCACAAUUCUAAUAGAAACACAGCUACUGUUUUGUUACGGUAGUUGAGCUGUUUUUAUUAUUGUCAGUAGUAUAUGAAGCCAGUCAUACUAGGUCUUAAAACUGUAACAUCCACCCUUAUACUUGCUUUGUCCAUUGAAAUGAAGUUGUUAGUUGUUUUUUUUACCUACAUUAAUGUUUUUGAAAGAUUUGAACAACUGACAAUUGAUCACACUAAUUAUAAUUAUAUUACUAGAUGCAUGUUAUGCAUCUAGUAAUAUCUUCUUUAAUUCAACUCUAAAUUCAUUUACUGUUAUAUUAAUAACUAGUAUCUUGUUUUAUGCAAUAUAUGAGUUUCAUUUCAGAACAUCACAACUGCUAAUGAGCUUUAUUAACCUUCAGCUUGUAAGUCAAUUAGCACCAUAAUAAUUCUUUGUUAGUGUAGCAGUGAGUUUUUCAGUAAUGUGGUGCUACAUCAAGUGUGGGUUGACUUAUCUGGUGUGAAUUCGCUCUAUGUGUGCUCAAUAUUUAGACAAUAUUGACUACACAUAGUAUUUUUUUCAGCAUUUUUGGGUUUAAAUUUCAAAAUGGGUAUGUAAGUCAAAGAAUCUUUCCUUCUCAUUCUUUUUAAUUGUCCCUGUGACUCUAAUAUUUUUACAACUCGAAGUUUCUGUCACACUAACGAUAAAAAAAAUUAUCUUAUAAAAUAAAUAGUUUUUAGCCAGCUUGAUGUCAGUGGUUCUUAACCCUAAUACAUGGGCAAACAACUUAAGGACUAUUUCGUUCCUUACUUCAAAAUACAGGUCUCAAAAAUAGACCAAACUGAAACAGCAGCUUCACUUUUUCAAGAAAUAGUGUAGCUUUUUAGGAUCACAAAAUCUUAUGCCACAUAAUCUACAUCUCAUAACAAAUCUGCUUUUAGUUUCCAAUUGGGAGUCCAACCAGGUUUUUCCAGACCUAAACAAUCCUAAAACAGUAGAAAUGUAUAGUUCAACCACCAGAUGUGGUCAGUUUGUUUGAUUAGCUUCAUUGUACUUUCCUUUUUCUUCAUACUUUGUUUUCUGAUAUAAAUUUUUGCUAAGUACAGCUCAGCAUCGACAUUUGACACUGUACAGUUUUCUGUUGUGACUCGGCUUCAAAGCUCUUUGAUAAAAGUGGUCUACUGAAUUUCAAAAGAAGUACCCUAAGUGUCAAAUAGUAUGCUAACCUGUUCAUAUUUUACAUUGUACAACUGUGGGCAGGGUUUUUGCUAUUAUUUUUUGUUAAAACAGUUGUAGUUAAGCCUAAUGUCUUUAAUGUCUUCUCAUGCUCAAAUAAGAAAAAAACUAACUUUUUUUUUCCCGGCCUUGUGCUUUAAUUAAUGCUACAAAGUACAAUCUAAAAGGAUGAACGUGAUCAGUCAGCUUUAAAACUAAAAUUAUCACAAAGAAGCAAGAUGUCUAUUAUUAUCCACAAUGUCCAUACAGAUAGAUUAGCUUCUGUGGUUGGAACAGAGGAGACAGUGUAUAAUGUAUAUAGCUUGCAUAUGAUUUUUAAAACAUGGCCAUCAAAGACAACCUUACUUCUUUUAUAUAGUGUGUUCUCUGGCUUUAAUACUGAGGUAUUAAUCAAUGAUCUCUGUGAGAUACUCACAUGUAGAGUGGCAUUUUCAUAUUGAAAAGUAACUGUAUUGUCUUGUAUACUAAAAUUGUGCAUGGUAAUAAUUGUUCAUUUGUGGGGGUUUUUUCUAUAACUGUAACUUAGUAAAAAUGUUUAUUC